AUGUCACUGCUGGUGCUCGGUCUGAUGGCAAGGUAUCUCUACUACGCGGUGUUCCUCGUCUGUGGAAAUUUCGUUGGACCCCGGCAGCGGCACGCGAUUCGAGCUACUCAGAUCUCGCACAGAUGGUGCCUCACUCAUAGAGCCUCAAGCACUGCGGAGUGUUUACUGAUGGACAUACGUCUCGAGGGGGAAACGGGAACGCCACGAGGGGACUUAGAUCCACCUCCUGUCCAGCCGAAACCUCCGCCUCGCAAAAAAAGACUACAGACACCCAAGCCCCCAGUUCCGAAUUCCCAUACUAGCUGCAGGAAUCCGUUUGGUUCGACACUGCAGUGCACCACGGAAGACCCGAAUACCGAUCUGUACAGGAUCUUGCGGCCAAACUUGCAACGAGCCCUGGAUGGACUGCAGAAACCCCUUCCGCUGCCGGUGCCGGCGCCGGUGGCGCAUCCGUUACCCCUGUACCUACCUCAUUUGGAUGAACUACCGCCAGUGUCCCAAUCCGAGAACUCGACGGUCCUGGAAAAGAUGAAACCACGCCCGAAGCUGCUGCGUGGGAUUUUGAGCCGGCUGGGCUCGAGCUCGACGAAGGGUCCGCGGGACAAAGAUUCAAGCAGCAGCAGCCUUUUCCAGCCGCUCUGGCAGAGACUGAGACAUCGAUCCACUCGAAAGAUGGAAGCCUCGGCCAGCGCAUUCAUCUCCAGCUGCUCGUCCAGCUCAGAUGAGAGUCGCUUCAUGUAUACUAAUGAAGAGAGGCAGAGAAUGGCGUGGAAGAGCAGCUACACAUAUCUGAAGCCAUAA